AUGGCUCAAACAGCAGGUCAAUUACUAGGUCAAGCCAUUCCAGCUUGCCAAUGGAUCCCGCAAAAUAUACCUAAUACAACUUCAACAUUGCCUGCUUACCCACGUGCACAACCUCUCAGAGUCGAAGACGAUGCAAAAACUCAUUUACAUACUAACGCAUUAUUUCCUGUCGAAGGGUUAUUUCCACAAGGAUCAUCAUUCAGUGCAACACCUAUCAGAUUCUUGGGUGCUUCUGACUAUGUUUUAUGCAAUAAUAAUUACACAGUGGCCAAGAUGCCAGUGGAAAUGAAAACGCGCCACAAUCUUGAUUUACGCGGUUAUCAUUUCUGGCAAAUUUAUCGAUAUAACAACCGACGUGGAAUAAUGAAUCCAAGAUUUGGAGACCGAAGAUUCGAUCCAAAUUUUAAAUUCAAGAAACGUAUCCUAUCGCGGAUAUUUGGUCAAAUGGCCUGGAAGAGAAAGAGAAAAUCAAAAAGCAGUAGUAUACCAAUUGCGAGUUCAUCCAAGGGAAUUACUACUAUAGAUAAGUACAUAGGUGGCGGAUCAUUUGGAAAAGUUUUUUCUGGAUAUUAUAAUAAUCAAGAUGUAGCAUGGAAGACUUGUGAUGCAUAUAAGGAGCAAGAGGAGAUAAAAACGCUAAAGCAUGAAGCUCAUAUAUAUUCUAUUUUGAAAGGAUGUCAAGGUCGUGAUAUUCCACGUUUAUUCUACAAUGGUUACAUUUAUGACGGAUAUCUUUUUGCAUUAGCGUUACAAUUAAUUGAGGGCGCCCAUCACGUUGAUCCAGAAAGACUCACUAAAGAGAAAAAAAAGUUAAUCGUCAAUCAGCUAAAGUCAAUACAUAAUUGUGAUAUCCUACACAAUGAUAUCUCAGAGAAAAAUAUUCUAUAUGAACUAAAGAGUCGCCAUUACUUUUUUAUUGAUUUUGGCUUGAGUGAGAUCAUGGGUAGACUAUACCGCAUUAUCACACUAGAUGAAGAAUUUUUAUCAUUGCAAGCUACAAUGUAUAUUACUCUCAUUUUAAAUCAUAAAAUGUAA